GGAGAUUUAAAGCAGACCCAAAUGAAGAUGGAUCCCAAGUCUAACAAGAUUUAUGCUGUAGAGGAGAUCACUCAGAAAAAGAAGAAUAUUAAAUUAGGCAAUAUCUAUGAAGAAAAUGUAGGUACUCAAACUCAGCACUUUGAAGGUCAGGAAAUAGGUGGGCCUAAUAAGAACCAAGUAGUCAUGUAUUACUCAAAUAAACUCUUCUACAUAAUUCCUCUUGAGAAGAGUUAUACUUUCAAAAAGCAGCUGUCUCAUGUGGAUUCUUCAGUCCAGGAGGAGCUACUGAAUUUUAGUAAUGAUCCAGAGUAUGCUCAAACUAAUCUCAAACAUCGUAAAAAGGCUAAUGCAGGUACAAAAGCUGUGGAACAGCACAAUGAGAAAGUCAGAGCCGGUCUAGGAGUCAACACUGAAGAUAAUAGAGAAGAGAUCCUCAAAGAUGCCUUAAGGAAACGGAAUGAGAAAAUAAAUGCAAAAAGGAAUAAAUAAGAUGCUGAUUUCGACAAUGACGAGAUCUUUCAAGAUAAUGAAGAGAAUGAUGUUGCACAGAAGGGGCUAGAGUAUAUUGAGAGUGAUGGAGAUUCUGAGAUUGAUAAUUUCGGGAAGAAAACAAAGAUAAUACUAAUGUUAAAGUAGCUAGAAGGACAGGAAGCUUUAACCAAUAUGGCAGGAAAAUGUUGAGCUUCAAAAAUAAAAAAACACAGAGAAGAAUUUGACGAUGAUGAUAGCGAUGACGAUGAUGAUAGCGAUGAUGGUGAUAAUAUCAGCGAUGGUGAUGAUGAAGGUGAAGGAUCUGAAGAUGACUAAGAUUCUGACAAAAGAAAAGAUAUAUCCAACAAGAUAAGCAUUUUGAGAUUUUAUGCAUAAGAUAACUCAUAUUUUAAAGCUAGAAAACCUCCAGUUACUGAGGAAUUCAAGUAUUCAGGCGGAUUAAAUGAUGAACCUGAUUUUGAGAUUGAAAAUGAUCAAUAUUUUCAGCCUCAGAUUACAAAGAAUCUUUCUAACUCGAGUGGCCUAUUUGCAGCAACACCUACUAAUCAAGGGAAGCGUCAAC